GUGUUUAAUACCGACCAAGCACGUAUUUAUUCCCAUUCAUAGUACCUUUUCGGUAACAAAUCAAAACCUUUUGGUCCAAAACUCAAAACAACGAUUUUGUUCAACAAUUUUACUUUCUGUUUUUCAAAACACUCCUCUAGCUAUAUAAUGGAGUGUCCAGCUUGCGAGAUAAGACGUAAACAACUCCUUUUAUGGAGAUUGGCGUGCAUACUGCGGGAUGACGCGCAGAUGCAGCAGUGCUGACAGUUAUGUGUAACACACCAGGAUGGUGGGACUAUUCACUCGCAAAUCACCAAUGAUGCUGCUGGAGUUUUCAGGACAAGACUGAGUGUGACUAGGAAUUUGGAAUAUUGAUCAGUACACUGCAUGCAAACAUGGAAGGAUUUCAAGCUGGCAAAAAAUACUUUUCUCCCCGUCUACUGGAUUAUAUAUUAAUUGUGGGAAGUCGCCAUCCAUAUAGCAACAAUAAUGUUGCACAAACACCAGAAAUGCUACGUCGUUACCCUCAAGAUGACCACCCAGAUUUUCCGUUACCUCAAGAUGUUGUGUUCUUUUGUCAGCCAGAAGGUUGCCUCACAGUUGGACAGAAGAAAUUGAGCCUCAGAGAAAACACAUCCUUUGUUUUUACUUUGACUGAUAAAGACAGCGGAAGAGCAAGAUAUGGUAUUUGUGUCAACUUCUAUCGGCCCUUUAAAUCCUCUGAUAGAAAGAUGGAACAUCAGAAUGAAAAGGCUUUGCAUAACGACAGAGAGAAUUCCAACAGAAAUGGAACUCUAAGUGUGCCCUCAGAUGAAGGACAAAGGAAAAGGUCACCAAGAACUCGUAGAAAACUCAAGCAGGCCAAGAAAGUUCGCAAUAAUUCCCUGACAUCACUGUGCAUACUGAGUCAUCAUCCUUUCAUCUCUACCUUCAGAGAGUGUCUGUUCAUCCUAAAGCGGCUUAUUGAUUCCUGUAAUGACAGAACAUGCAGUCGAAAAGUAGGUGGCUCCAAAGGAUCAUUAAGAGAUUGUGUAUGGGGUGUUUUGACUGGCAUAUGCAGUGACAUACCUCCUCUUGUCAGACAUGAUGUUCGUCAGAUCGAAACAUGGAUACUGCGUUUUCUGAGUGCUCCAGUUCCUGUUCCAGGGAAAACACGUGUAGAAAUACAAGUCCUGGAUACACAACCACCCAUGGUAUUUGCUUUGCCAGAUCACACACGCUUCUCACUGGCAGAUUUUCCACUUCACUUACCUCUGGAAUUGCUUGGAGUGGAUACUUGUCUCAGGGUCCUCACUCUUAUCAUGCUAGAGAACAAGGUUGUGUUGCAAUCACGUGAUUAUAAUGCACUGUCUAUGAGUGUGAUGGCAUUUGUUGCCAUGAUUUACCCAUUGGAGUACAUGUUUCCUGUUAUUCCAUUGCUACCGACAUGUAUGGGAUCAGCAGAACAGUUGCUUUUGGCUCCAACACCGUUCAUCAUUGGUGUGCCAGCUAGUUUCUUCUUGUACAAACCCUACUUCAAACUCCCCGAAGAUGUGUGGCUUAUAGAUCUUGACACAAAUAAAAUUACAUUCUGUGGAAGAUAUGAAGAAGUUCCAGUGCUGCCUGAACCAGAAGGAUCAGUGCUCAAAAAACAUUUCAAACAGGCUUUGACCAGCAUGAGCCUUAGUCCUCCACCAAUCAAAGACUUUGAGCAAUCCAGAGGAGAAGUUGAAGCCAUAAGCAGACGUAGAGAGACUUUCUCAGAUGAAACGGGUUUCAAUCCAUUCAUUUAUGGCAAUGAUGUGGACUCUGUUGAUGUGGCAACACGUGUUGCGAUGGUCAAGUUUUUCAACUCUCCCAAUGUGAUGGCACACCACAACGAGCAUACUCGCACACUCAGGUUACAUCCAAGACCUGUGGUUGCCUUUCAAGUCCACAGCUUUCUUCAGUCACGAAGUGUUCUGACCACGUUUUGUGAACGACUUGCUUCAACCCAGGCUGUAGAGUUCUUUGGUGAAUACUGCUUGAACCCAACAAACGUGACAUUUUUACGAAUUCACACUGGAGUGUAUGACCCUCAACUCAUCGGUGACAAGGCCAAAUGGUUUCUGGAGCAGUUGCAGCCAAUCAACUUCAAGGUACAGUUUGACAACUGCACUUUGGGGAUUCCAGUUAACAGUGGUACUGAGGCUUGGUCUGAUUCAUCUAAUCCUACUGAUGAAAGUGGUGAGGAGUCAGAUGGAGGUAGCAGUAGUAGCUCAUCAUACUCCUCACUAAAUGAUUUUGUCACUGACAUGAUGAAUAGUGACAUCCAGGGAGAUGUGUUAGCAGAUGAUGAAGAGACCUCGGGCUUGAGGAGCCAGGUAGAUGAAACCAGCAUUUACCAUCCUCCUGAUACAUUGCAAAUUCCUGCUGACAUGUCACAGAGUGACUCUGCUUACUCAUUUCCAGAAACUGAUUCAUCUAGUAGUCAGGAUACGACAUCUCCUGAGUCAUCAGAUGGUGAAGAGCUUUGCAUUGCAUCAGGCUGGAGGAGUAAGACAGGGCAAGAUAUGGAAGCAGACAGUGAUGCUGAUGCAGAUAGUAUUCAGUAUGACUCGGACACAUCUGCACAAGUGACUCGAUUGAACCUCAAACACAAACCAGCCGCAGCUGGUACAGUAUCAUCAAGCAAUGCACCAGACAGUCCAUCAUUGGAUGCUGAUGUAAGAAGACGAGGAAGUGGCAAAGAUGAGCGCUCAUCACCCACAUUCCUAGAGAAGGUCAAUGCACUCUUUCGAUCUGAUUCAUCAGAUUCUUCCACCCCACCGACACCCACUAGGAAGAAGCCAUCUUUGUUGAAGAAUAUCAUGGAUCUGGCUUUGGAAACGACCUCGAGCAAGGAACCAGUUGGGUCACCAACAUCUAUUGCAAGCACAGACGCACAUGAAUAUAGUCCCAGUGUGCGAUCAGAUCCUGGGCCAUAUCGAGGUAGUAGUGCUGCUCAUGCUAACACUAUGGGCUUACCGCUUAGAAAGAAGAAACCAACAUCACCGUUUCCUAGAGAUACGCGUCGUUCAUUAGUGGAACGUUCUUCAUUAAUCAAACACAGCUCUACCAAGAAACCAGACAAAGAUCGGAAAAGAUUGUCCAUCUCAGAAGACAGACCUAACAGCAAGAAUGAUCGAUCAAUGAAGACAUUAAUUGAUGACCAACUUUUUAUCAAAGAGAUCACCAGAGGGGUGCUUGAAGGCAACAAUGUAGGUUGGCUCAACUGGUCUCGCCUCAAGAAGUUAAUGCAGAGUGAGAAUAUGAGAGCGCAGGUUAUAAGUCAGCUAUCCCCACAAGAGAAUACAACAGUACUAGAUGAUUACAUCGAAGACACGCAAGUGAGCAAAGCAGUGUAUAAGGGGAUUGUAUCUGUCUUGAAGGCUGUGAUUGCCGGACUGGAAUACUCUUUCUAUACCCAGCCAAUAGGAGGAUUUGCCAGUGCAUAUGCCCUCCUUGAGAUUGCUCACACACACUACUUUGGAAAGGAACCUGAUAAAGGCAAGAAAGCUCAUUUGCAUGGUGAUGGGAUUAGAAGUGAGAGUGCUUAUGCCAUUGAGGGUUCAGUGGUUGUCACACCAGAUGAACAGCAUGGUGGCAGCAUGGCUGCCAUUCCUGAAACACAUAGUCUCAAUGAGGAUAAUUUUAUUGCUGCUAUAGAGAGUUGGGAGAAAAGAGGUUCUGUAGUGAGUAGCAGCAGUACAAGCACAGAAGAAGGCGCAAUCAGAGUGAAUUCUCCUCUGGUGGAAGAUAAUCGUAAUGACAGUGCCUAUGAAUUAAUUGACAUGUCUGAAGUGAGUGUGGGUGGAAGCACAGGUGCCGGGGUGCAUGGAGCUGUUGGUAUAGCGGCAGGAGUUGCUGUAACAG